UCGGUAAGUACUGCCGAUAAAGGUAAAGAAGACGGCGGAGCCUCGGUAUUUUCCCCGCCAUAGUUAGCGCGGGCAUCACUUCGGGUUUCGCUACCUCACAGUAGGAGUUCGACCCUCUUCCAUCUGAACUGUAAACUACAACUCAUAUCUUCUCAAUCAAUAAAGCGAGAACUCAUCAUCGACUCCAAACUCUCAUAAUUUUGUUUUGCUUACCGACAUACCCGAUCACUCAGGACUCAUCCUACUGAACGUUAGCCGCCAUGUCGUUUAUGGGUGGCGCUGAAUGUUCGACAUCUGCGAACCCCCUCAGCCAGCUUCAUAAGCAUACUCAGAAUGACAGAACACUCCAGCAAGAUCGUCUAGUUGGUCGAGGGCCUGGAGGACAGCUCAAUGGAUUUCGAAGCCAGAGCGCCAAUGCGCCCCAGGAUGAGAUGAUGAACGGCUUCCUUAACCAAGGCCCAAACCUCCAGCAAGAAUUCCCCAUGCAGCCGGGCCAGAUGGGCCCUCUUAGCCCAGCCCAAUCCCAUAUGCGAGCCAACUCGGCGUCACCAACAUGGGCGCACGACUUCAAUGGCCAGCCAGCGAUGGAGUCAGCUUUCCAGGCGCCACCUGCUGCGCAAUCGCAAUUUACCGCUGACGAAUUUGCCCGUUUUCAGCAGCUUAACACACAAGGUUCUUCCGCGAGAGCGAGUCCGAUGCAAAGCAACGUGCCUAGCCAGAUGAACCAACAAAGACCCAUGAUGGGCGGCAUGAUGAACCGGCCGAUGGGCUACACUCCCAUGUUUCAACCUAUGUACCAGAACCAACAGCCCAUGCACCAACCACAACAGCAGGAUCUCAAGGGCAAGGGCCGCCUCGUGGAGCUCGACGACCACAAGUGGGAGGAGCAGUUCGCCUCGAUGGAGCUGCAAGAUAGUGAUAAGGCUAAGGAACAAGAAGAGGCAAAUGCCGCAGAGCAGGAGCUUAACGAAAUGGAUAAAGGCUUGACGGCCGAAACUAAUGAGUUGGGUGACUUCGAAUCUAUAUGGAGAGGAAUACAAGCUGAGACGGCUGCUUCUAGACAAGACUUUGAUCAAUUCGAUACCGAAUGGAGCAACAACAUGAUGCCCGAUUUCGAGGGCAUGGGCGACUGGGGCCGCCUCGGGGACCCGGCUGUCGAAACCUACCUAUUCGAACAAGACAACUUCUUUCGCGACGAAAAGAACGCUUUCGAGGAGGGUGUACGCAUCAUGAGGGAAGGCGGAAACUUGUCCUUGGCCGCGCUGGCCUUCGAAUCCGCUGUUCAGCAGAAUCCUAAUCAUACCGAGGCGUGGGUUUACUUAGGAACAGCCCAGGCGCAGAACGAGAAAGAGACAGCAGCCAUUAGGGCUCUCGAGCAAGCCCUGAAACUUGACCCCAACAACUUGGCGGCCUUGAUGGGCCUGGCUGUAUCGUACACCAAUGAAGGAUACGACAGCACAGCAUAUCGAACUCUUGAGAGGUGGUUGUCCGUUAAGUAUCCUAACAUUCUCGACCCCAAAGACCUACACCCCCCGGCAGAGAUGGGUUUCACAGACCGGCAGCAGCUCCAUGACAAGGUGACAAAUCUGUUUAUCAAGGCGGCCCAGCUGAGCCCGGACGGUGAGCACAUGGAUCCCGAUGUGCAAGUAGGCCUUGGAGUGCUCUUUUAUGGCGCAGAGGAUUAUGACAAAGCUGUGGAUUGCUUCCAGUCUGCCCUCCACUCAUCAGAAGCUGGUACAUCCAACCAACAGGAGCAGCUUCAUCUCCUCUGGAACCGCCUCGGCGCGACUCUUGCCAAUAGUGGACGCUCCGAGGAAGCCAUUGCGGCCUACCAGGAAGCCCUUGCUAUGGCUCCCAACUUUGUGCGAGCCCGCUACAACCUAGGUGUCAGCUGCAUCAACAUUCACUGCCACCAUGAGGCUGCCUGCCACUUCCUGGCCGCUCUGGAGAUGCACAAGGCCAUUGAAAAGUCCGGCCGGAGCAAGGCGUACGAGAUUCUGGGCGAUAAUGCCUCCGGUGUCGAUGAGACACUCGACCGCAUGUCGGCGCAAAACCGGAGCAGCACCCUGUACGAUACCCUCCGGCGUGUCUUUACACAGAUGGGUCGCCGGGAUUUGGCGGAGAAGACGGUUGCCGGCGUCGAUCCGGAUGUGUUCAGACCGGAAUUUGAGUUUUAGGUCCUCACGUCUUUUAUUUUUGAAUGAGUUGACUUGCAUGAAGGAGCGGUCUGCCGGAAGGAAGUUUGGACAGGACUCAGCAAUAGUGCGUUUGCUGUGGAAAAAUGACUCUGGCCUUAGUUUGGAUGUUAUAUAUGAGAGACAUGCAUGGCCCUGGAAGAAAUUGCAUCGCAGUGAUGUAGUCCCUGGAGCAACGAUAUCAUAUAGUGUAUAACCACUUUACUCUCAUUUAUCGUGCAUCAAUGUCUACGAAUACCUACGCCAAGUUCCAUAUACAUUGCACCUAUGCAUAAAUUGACGCCAAGAGCCAUUCUUAUCUCUGAUGUGGGCGAGUGAUCACUGCCGCAUGUGGUUGUGUC